AUGGAAGAGAACGGCGAGGAGAAGCUGAUUGCCGCCGUCCGCCACAUCGCCAAGACGCUGGGCCGGACUGAGACUAUGGCCGAUGACAUCCUCCAAGUCUUUUCCUCUUUCGACGGCCGAUUCUCCCUCGACAAGCUCUCCUCCGACCGUCCUCUCCCUCACCGUCGUCCUCCCGCGGAUUCUCCCCCUUCUGCUGCCGUAGCCCCCGCGGUUACUGGCGGUGGACGAGAGGCAGACGACCAUCGACCACUCUCCCUGGAGCGCACCAUUCGCACCCUCGACCGUCAGAUCUCCCGCUUCGUUUCCUCCGACAGCCUCAUCUGGUCUGACGCUGCGGAUGCUGCUGCUUUCCUUGAGGCGGUUGAUGACCUACUCGCUACCAUCCACGACCUUGACUCUCCCUCCGUCCCGACCGAUAAGCCCCUUCUUGACCGCGCCGAUGAUCUGCUCCAGCGUUGCAUGCUCCGUCUUGAGGAAGAGUUUCGCGCCAUCCUUGACCGAUCAGAUGGUGCCGUAAUUUCCACGCCACCAUCUCAUGACUCGGACUCUGAUGGUGCUGACGCGGACGAUGACCGCAUCCCCGUCGCUGCCCCCGUUGACGACUAUAAUCUCGUCAUCGAUGCCCUUCCGCCAGGCUCUGUCGCUGAUCUCCACGCCAUCGCCCGCCGGAUGGUCGCGGCUGGGUUCGGCCGCGAAUGUGCGGAAGCCUACGGAGUUUCCCGCCGAGGAUUCGUCGACGAAUCUAUCGCCCGGCUAGGCCUUCGCCCCCGCCCUGCUGAUGAGGUUCAGGCCACCCCCUGGCCUGAGCUUGAGGACGAUAUCGCCCGCUGGGUCAAGGGUGCGAAAAUGGCAUUCCUAAUUCUCGUCCCCAGUGAGCGCCGCCUCUGCGAACGCGUUUUUGCCUCCUUACCUCCCUUCGCGGACCUUACUUUCGCCGCCGCCUGCCGCCCGGCAGCCGCCAGCCUCCUCUCCUUCGCAGAUGCUGUUGCGGCCGGCCCACGUGAGCCCGAGCGCAUUUUCCGCCUUGUGGACAUGUACGAGACGCUCCGCGACCUGCUCCCCGAACUCGACCACCUCCUCUCCGAACAGUACUCUGUCACUCUCCGCGCGGAGGUUGCCGCGGCUCACAGGGCGCUGGGAGCAGCGAUCCGGGGAAUAUUCAUCGAGCUCGAGAACCUUAUUCGUCGUGACCCAGCCAAGGCCGCCGUGCCUGGGGGCGGUCUCCACCCGAUCACUCGCUACGUAAUGAACUACCUCCGAGCAGCGUGCGCCUCCCGGCGGACCCUCGAAGAAGUUAUGGACGAGGACGCUGCUGGUGCUGGCGUUCCGCCCGAUCGCCACCCGCCCUCGUCCUCCUUGUCUCUUCAGGUAGCGUGGAUCAUGGACGUGCUCCAGUCCAACGUCGAGGCCAAGUCGAAGGUAUACCCGGAGCCACCCCUCAGCUACAUCUUCCUGAUGAACAACACUCGUUACAUGACCCAGAAGGCUAGUGACUGCGAGCUGGGGGCGCUUUUGGGCGACGACUGGAUCCGACGACAGAUAGGAAUGGUGCGUCGGUGGGGCCACGACUACCAGCGGACGACGUGGACCAAGGUGGUCGCGGUGCUGCGGAUGGACGGCGUCAGCGCUGCGGCCACCUCCUCUUCGGCCGCGGCCGUGAAGGCGUUGCGGGAGCGUCUACGCGUGUUCAACAACUACCUGGAGGAUAUAUGGAGGGUGCAAAGCGAGUGGGUAGUGACGCACGACCAACUCCGGACGGAGCUGAGGGUGGCUGUGGCGGCGCUGGUGCUGCCAGCCUAUCGCAACUUCAUCGGCCGGCUGCGUGCCACUGCAGAUUCCGGAAAGCUGGCCGACCGCUACAUUAAGUACAGCGUAGAGGACGUCGAGGCUAGGAUCAACGAGCUGUUUGAAGGCGUUCGUCGGCUGUGAUAGCUACUUUCACCAUUGUCGUCGUUAUAUUUAUGAAACAUACAUAAUACAUGGUGUUGCAUGUUUAAUUUGUA